AUGGAGAGCAACAACCACACGACGGACCUGCCGUCACACGCGCCAGGGGUGGAGGCCGCCCCCAUCGCUGCAGCCACACCGCCACUGACCGGUCUGGCGGAAGGCGCAGUUGUCACGGAGGGCGCAUCGCAUCCGAAGAUGGCCGCUGCCGAACCCAGCGAGGCGACAGCGACGGAGUCGCCGCCCUCUCCUCACUCAACAGGAGAGGCCAAAACGCAGAAUGCUCUGGCGGCACUGAUGAGCGUGCUCGACAACGAUGAGGCUGCGAGGCGCGGCGGCACCUCUCUGCGCUCCCUGCAGAAGAUGUGCAUGCGCGUUCCGCAGCUCUCCACCGAGCUUACUCGCCCGCAGCGGUUCCAGCUGUACUGCCUGCUUCUUCUCGAGGACGGUGAUGACCCGGCGGUGCCGGGCGGGGCAGCUGGGCAGGAGGACUGGACGACGUACACAAAACAGGCACUGGAGACACACGUGCACAUGGCCAAGCAGGCCGCCGCCCUCUUCCCCACCACCCUCCACAUCACCACCGACGAACUCGCCGGCCUCUUCUACCGCCUGGGCGCCGAUGCGACCUUUUACUUCAAUCCGGCAAUGAUGGAGGUCAUCCUGUGCGUAACGUACGUGGUGGCCGGUAGCCGCUCUACGGACAAGAAUAUGCUGCUGCGCACUCUCUAUCGAAUGCUUUGUGUGCUGCAGAAGGAUUUCAUUGUGGCAGCGGCCUCUCACCUCUACGAGCCUGCGACGACGUCUUUGCUGCGCCUGAUGCUGCAGUUCUACGACCCUCAACUCGUCACCCACAUGGACCAGCAGCAGGUGAAUAUAGGCACGUACUUGUUCGACUGGUCGCGGCGUCUGCUGGUUCUACAGUCGGACUACGACACAGCGCUGAAGGUGCUGGACUGGGUGUUCAUCCUGGGCGACCCCGCCAUGGUCCCCUACGUGGCACACGCCUACCUCAUCACCCACCGUCGGUCGCUCAUGCUAUUGAGCACAAAGCAGGCGCUGACGCAGCACCUCGACAAGAUGAAGUUCACGCUACCAGCGUGCAAGGCAGACGCGAUCAACCCUGAGCUGGUGGACGGCCGCGCAACCGCCCCGACACCUGUGUGGGGCGGCAAGUCCCUGCUGCAGAAUGCCGAUCUGCUCUACCGUGUCACACCGCUGUCAACACAGCGCAUGCUGGCCUUCUGCCUCUACCCGGAUGCCGGUGCGCUGAACAAGACGUCGAAGGAGCUGCAGGAGUACUACGCCAAGACACCAAGCCUACCGCUGGAGCGGUCCGACAUCGCCUCUGCGUUUGCGAAGCGCGGCGCAGCGGCACAGGGCGGCGGAGACGCGCUCCCCUCACACGAGUACGUAAUUGCCGACUGCCGUUCACGGGAGAGCUUCGAGUACGCGCGGCUGCCCACGGCCGUCCACGUAGGGGAUGUGCUGAGCUACCACCACGAGGACCUCGCGGAGGCGCUGCGGCGGCUCGAGUCCUGCCGCGGGCACCCCCUUGCCCUCUUUGGCACCGGGCGGCCGAUCGUGGAGGAGGUGAACCUGCUCAAGGUCUUGGCGCUUUACCUCGUCAACCGACAGGCGUUCCCGUUCGUGUGCAUCGUGCCAGGCGGCUUCAAGACGACGAUUCCGCUGAUCCGCAAUCACAUCAUUGACGCUAUCAUGAGCCCCGCUGCUGCCGCGGCGCUCGAAAACGCGACGGGCAAGCGGGGUGUCUCCAGCAUCGACUGGGGCCAGCAGGCGUCGAAAACGGCGCACAAAAUCUCUGCCGCUCUCAACGAGGUGUCAGGCUACCUCGCGCAGGUGGAAGGGGCUGAGGUGCGGCAGAAGGCCCAGGAGCUGGGCACGAAGGCGAAGGAGGGCGUGGCGGCGGCCGGCUCGUGGGGCUGGGGGAUGAUGAAGCGUGUCCGCGAGAGCCUCAGUGAGACCAGCGAGCAGGCCCUGACAGCGCUGUCCUCCGUGAGUGGCAAGCUCGCGGCAGCUCAGAUGACGACGACCGCCAUCAGCGGUUCAGCCCCCUCCUCUGCCACCGCUCCCUCCGCUGCGUCGAAAAGUUCCACGGGUGGCCAAGCGGCCAUUCCCACCGCCAUAGCUCAUCCUACCGCCGUGCGACCAUCGCGGCAGCCGCAGCAGGUUUUCUCGCUUGGCGAGGACUGCGCCGAAGAGGAUCUGGACCUCAUCACGUCCAUCCCGGCUAGGCCGCUGCGCGGCACGGUGGUGCUGGAGUCGCCACCCGUGGCAGCCGAGGUGGCGCCUUCAGCCCCUGCAGCGCCGUCCUCGGCAGCCGUUGUCUCCGCUUCCGAACGGCGGCACUUGACUGCACCGGCAUCGUCACCCGCCGUGGCGGCGGCGGCGGUGUCACUGGAGCCAGUGUCACCCCCGACGUCCUCGGCUGCUCCAGCGGCAGCCACGGCGGCGCGCGGAGCAUCUGCACCGCAAAUCGCUGCGGACCUCGACGCCGAGUUCGAUGAGCUCUUCGGUGAUUUGACCGUGACGCCUGCGGCAGCAUCGCGUGUGGCGGGCCUCUCCGCCGCCGAAGCCGACGGCUUCCCUUGA